CAUUCACGUGUGAGGAGGAGCAGCCAUCAAGCACCGUGCUCUGUGCUCCCCUGUAGAGGUCGAAGAAGGAGCACGAGCCGAGCGAGGCGGCCAUGGGGGACGAGGGGGACCUGGCCGCGGACAAGCACGUCCGCUACAUCGUCACCGUGGAGAAGAAGAAGGACUCGUUCGAGUCGCUGGUGAUGGAGCACAUCCGGCUCAACGGCGCCUACUGGGGCCUCACCACGCUCGACCUCCUCCACAAGCUCCAAGCCGUCGACGCCGCCGAGGUCAUCGACUGGAUUAUGUCCUGCUACGACCCCGAAUCUGGUGGGUUCGGAGGGAACGUUGGGCACGAUCCGCAUGUCCUCUACACGCUCAGCGCCGUGCAGGUCCUCUGCCUCUUCGAUCGGCUGGAUGUCCUCGAUGUCGAUAAGGUUGCUGAUUAUGUCGCCGGACUUCAAAAUGAGGAUGGAUCAUUUUCUGGUGAUAUUUGGGGCGAAGUUGACACUAGGUUCUCGUAUAUUGCCCUAUGUACCUUAUCAUUACUGCACUGUCUGCAUAAAAUUGAUGUGCAAAAGGCUGUAGAUUUUAUUGUCAGCUGUAAGAACUUGGAUGGUGGAUUUGGAGCCAUGCCAGGAGGGGAGUCUCAUGCUGGGCAAAUAUUUUGUUGUGUUGGUGCUCUUGCAAUCACCGGCUCUCUGCAUCACAUUGAUAGAGAUCUCCUUGGAUGGUGGCUCUGCGAGCGCCAGUGUAGAGACGGUGGACUUAAUGGGCGACCUGAGAAACUAGCUGAUGUUUGCUACUCGUGGUGGGUGUUAUCAAGUUUGAUAAUGAUUGAUAGAGUGCACUGGAUUGACAAGGAAAAACUUACAAAAUUCAUACUAAAUUGUCAGGACAUAGAAAAUGGUGGCAUUUCAGAUAGACCAGAUAAUGCGGUAGAUAUCUAUCACACAUACUUCGGAGUUGCAGGGCUUUCACUGAUGGAGUACCCUGGGGUGAAGCCUAUGGAUCCUGCCUAUGCGCUGCCGUUGGAUGUUGUCAAUCGGAUUUUCUUGAGAAAAUAAAACAUUCCACGGAUGAUACCAUCGAAUUUGGAUAGUGUGGUCCAAAACUUAGAAAUUCAUAGUAGCAAGCCGUGGAAGAAAGGUAGUUGAGAGAUGUAGAAUCAAUUUUAAAUGGGGUCAGGGAUAACAUGUCCGAAUAUCACAAGAGCACAUCUUAAACUUUCUUGACAGUCGACUAUACAAUUUUUGGCUGUUGUAUUGUCUACCACGGCAGCAAACGUUGGUUGGCCGACUAUUGUCCUCUUGUCGCUGUGUGUUUCAGGAAUGUUUUUCUAGCAUUUGGCACUUGCUGCGUUGGACAUCCAAUGAAAGUUUAUUUUGUUUCUUGA